AUGAGCGCAGAAAUUGUGUCGGCAUUUUUCACAUCCCAAGAUGAAGAGGAGGAAGAGAAUGACACACUCUGUGAUGAAUUUUUGAGUCUUAUUGAUAAAUAUAAUGAAUCACUUUCCAAACUGAAGCUACCUGACACAAUAACGCACAUAUACAAUCCAACCUUAUAUGCAAGACAUACAUUUGAAAUGUAUGUUUCAAAAUAUUGUAACACAAAAAAGAAGAUAAUGUUCUUUGGUAUGAAUCCUGGUCCAUGGGGAAUGUCACAGACUGGGGUCCCCUUUGGAGAAGUAUCUUCAGUUCGCGAUUGGCUUGGUAUAAAAGGUCCUGUAGAAAAACCUCUCGAGGAAAAUGAUGCCCGCCCCAUUACAGGUUUUGACUGUACAAGAACAGAGGUCAGUGGAAAAAGAUUCUGGGGCUUAUUCAUGAAAUUGUGUGGAACACCAGACAAUUUUUUUAAAACAAGUUUUGUUUAUAAUUACAUUAAUCAGCAAUGGAUGAACAGUAGAGGAUGUAAUAUAACUCCUGGUGAUUUCAAAAUGUCUGAAAUGGAGCAACUCUAUAAGACUGGUGACCUUGUGCUUGCCAAUGUGUUGAGACUGUAUGAAGUUGAAACGGUUGUUGCUAUUGGACGGUUUUGUUUGCUAAGAGCACAAAAGGCAAUAUCGGAGUAUAUUCUUCUUAGAAAUGUAAAGGUGGUUUAUUUGCCACACCCAAGCCCAAGAGUGGUAAACAACAACAACUGGGAAGAAAAGGCAUUAGCUUGCUUAAAGAGUAACAACCUGUUACAGUAUUAUUGCAAUGAUCUAAAUCCAGAAUAA